UAUUAUAUUAAAAAAAAUAUCAAUAUAUAAUUAUAAUGACGUGUCAGCAAAGGAGGAGAGUUUCUUUCUCCUAAAAAAAUAUAUAUAGAUAUAUAUAUAAAGAGAGAGAGAGGGAGGAGCAAAUAAAGGAGAGGAAAUUAAGAGAGGUCGAUGGAAGAACAUCUCAGCCCAUUAGCUGUUACUCAUCUCCUUCAACACACCCUGAGAAGUUUGUGCAUUCAUGAAAAUUCUCAGUGGGUUUAUGCAGUCUUCUGGAGGAUCCUACCCAGAAAUUACCCCCCACCCAAAUGGGAUGGUCAAGGAGCAUAUGACAGGUCAAGAGGAAACAGGAGAAACUGGAUAUUGGUCUGGGAAGACGGUUUCUGCAACUUCGCUGCGUCAUCAGCAGCUGAGAUAAAUUCGGGGGAUUGUCCACCUGCUGCCUCUUCUUCAGUCUACGGCAACUGUGAGUUCCAACACUACCAAGGACUGCAACCAGAGCUCUUUUUCAAGAUGUCCCAUGAGAUCUACAACUAUGGAGAAGGUUUGAUAGGAAAAGUGGCUGCAGAUCAUAGUCAUAAGUGGAUAUACAAAGAACCAAAUGACCAAGAAAUCAACUUCUUGUCAGCAUGGCACAACUCCGCGGAUUCACACCCUAGGACAUGGGAAGCUCAGUUCCAGUCUGGUAUAAAGACCAUAGCCCUGAUUGCAGUUAGAGAAGGUGUUGUUCAGUUAGGAAGCAUUCACAAGGUGAUUGAAGACCUGAGCUACGUGGUUCUACUAAGAAAGAAAUUCAGCUACAUUGAAAGCAUCCCAGGCGUGCUUUUACCCCACCCAUCCUCCUCCGCAUACCCGUGUAGCCCAGACGCGUGGCAUUUCCAAGGCACCCUUGCACCCGGCGCCCCACCUGAAUUCUAUGAGCAAUACAACCAACCUCUGAGAGUCACGCCUUCCAUGAGCAGCCUUGAAGCUCUUCUCUCAAAGCUUCCCUCUGUUGUGCCGCCCACUACGCCACCACAAUCACAGUUUAUGUCGUCGCAGAGGGCAUUGGAAUUUAUGGGAAUGGAGAAAGUUGCCAAGGAGGAAACUGAUGAUCAUCAGGAGGUAUAUAGGCCUGUGCUCGAUGUGGGUGAGAGCAGCACUUCCAUGUCGGCGUAUCGUCAUCAUCAUCAACAUCAUUUCCAUCCGAACCAAGAAUGAUUAUUAGGUGUUACUAGCUAGCUACUUGAUUUUAGUAGAUUGAUUUCUAACGUUGUUAGCAAACCUUAAUUAGUUUGGAUCAGCAUUAAUUGUCUUCUUCAUAUGGGUGUAUCUUUUUCUACUACUACUACUACCCUAAGCUUAGCUUUCCUAAGAAUCCUCCCCUUCUUUGUAUACGAGCAUUGCCUUGUUUGUUUUUAUGUCUGCCUAUAUAUGUGCGGCUGCAAGCGUGCGUGAGAGAGAGAGGAACGGGAGGAUUUACUAUUUUAUGGAUUUACUAAACGGUUAAUUGAGUUUUUAAUAAUUUUAUUUUUAUUA